UGAUGAAACAUGGGAUUGAAGAUGAUGUUUUUUGUUUUUGGUUUGGUAGGUUUAAUGAUGAUAGGAGGAAAGGGAGAAGAUGAUGAUAAUAAGCAUAAAGAAUACUCAGCAAUUUAUAACUUUGGAGACUCAAAUUCAGACACAGGAACAUUUUCUGCAGCAUUUGCAAUGGUUUUUCCUCCCAAUGGUCAAAACUUUCCUGGAAAAUUCCCUACAAGAAACUGCGAUGGCAGACUCAUCAUUGAUUUCAUCAGUGAAGAGUUGAAGAUGCCAUACUUGAGUGCAUAUUUGGAUUCCAUUGGGUCAAAUUUCAGUUACGGUGCAAACUUUGCAGCUGGUGGUUCAUCCAUACAAAAGACGGGCUUUAGCCCAAUUAAUUUUGGGCUUCAAAUAUCUCAAUUCAUACAGUUCAAGUCGAGAACAAUGGCCCUUUACAACGAAACCUCUCACACCAGGGUGGAUGCAUCUUUCAAGAGUAGGUUACCGAAGUCUAUCAAUUUCUCCAAUGCCCUCUACAUCAUUGAUAUUGGUCAGAAUGAUCUAAGCUUUGGUUUCAUGAGCUCAGACAUAAAAUCACUUAGAUCAACGAUCCCAAAUAUACUGAGCCAAUUUUCCCUUGGAUUACAGGUAAAUUUUGUUAGAAGUCUCACAUCAACUAAAGAUAAAACUAAUUUAGAAUAUAUAAAUGGAUACAUACCUCUUUUUACAAACCAGUUUUGUAGGAUUAAAUUAGGUUUAAAAUCUAGGUUCUUUUGGAUACAUAACACAGGUCCAAUUGGAUGUUUGGCAAGAAAAAACAUGAUGAACGAAGUGACGUAUGAAGAGUUGGAUUCUGCUGGAUGCAGAAAAAAUGAGAAUGAGAUUGCUGACGAGUUUAACAAGCAACUUAAGGACAUUGUGUUUGAGCUAAGGAGAAACUUAACCAAUGCCAUCUUCAUCUAUGUUGAUGUCUACUCUGCCAAAUAUGAACUAAUAAAAAAUGCAAGGAACCAAGGUUUUGUUAAUCCAAAGAAGUUGUGCUGUGGGAGUAGGAGUGUAAGGUAUUUUGACUGUGGAAGAAAGAAGAUAAAAAAUGGAGAAGAAGAAUACUACAAAUGUAAAGAUGCAUCAAAGUACAUUAGUUGGGAUGGUGUGCACUAUUCUGAGGCAGCAAACAAAUGGCUUUCCACUCUCAUUCUCAAUGGCUCUUUCUCUCAUCCAUCACUUCCUAUAGGGAUGCUUGCUUCUCAAUCUCUAAAACAAACAUUAGGACAUUAG